CGUCGCGUCACCGUUCUUGUCCUCAACUUCCACCAACCUCGCAUUCCGACCCCGAUCACGGAACCCCCCAAACUUGAUUCCCCUUGGGCAAGGUGAGCUUCGAUCUUAUCUCCCACCUAUUAUGCGCCCCAGCUCGGUCCCAAAGCGGCAUCGUUCGUAUGUGGAUAACUUGAAUAAACGGUGUUAUCACUCUCGUUGGGAUUGGCUGUCUCUUCUCUAUAUCCCGCAGGCCUCUCUUGGCGCCGUCGGCCUCAGGUGCUGCGUAGAGUCUACAGAGACUGCCACUCACGAUUGCCGUCAUGGCCUGAGAAUUUUUACGGCCGUAUUUUCUUCGUUUUCAGCCGGUCUGCCGUUGUCCACACGGCCGCGUACAGUGAGCUUCUUCGACACUCUCCUUGACCCGCCCAAUGAAAACCAACGCUGACAGCUCUGUCGUCUUACUCACAGCCAAGACCAUAC